AUGGCCACCAAGAAGGCGGCGGAAUCGACGCUCUACCAUCUCAGUCCCAAGGGAUUUUGGAAGAAAUUUCGCAAGUUGAGCGCCUAUUUUAUCUGUGAUGCGGUGGUCGUGAAUCCCGAAAUAUCGACUGGUCUGCCCUUGUCCGAGCUCAACCGAUACCCUUCACCCGCGUCCAGGCCAGAGAAGUACUCGAGCCCGGCUACCAGAGCCUCUGACAUUGCCGAGAAUCCCUACUGGAAGCGGGAUGUCCGACGUGCGUAUCCCCAGCUGUCGGUCAUGACUCAGACAGAGCUUUCCACGUUGCUCAUCGAGCACUCUGCUUCCCAAGCUGUUGCCGCACCCACUGAGGGCGAGCAGGCCGUAGCAGCACCAAAGCCAGCUAUGGAACUUUCUGCGGCCAUUGUGACGAUUACAGCGACGAACAAGAUCUUUUCAGAGUCUAGCCUGCCUCCCAGCCUGCCUAUCCCUCACAAACGCUGGAGGCCAGUGCGGUCGCCCGAUGCCCCCCACCCGCCGUAUUCCUAUUUCCCAAUGUUAUUGUACAAGUAG